UGGGGCUUUAUUCUAGAAGUGAGCAGCGGGGGCCGCUCCCGCUGCCCCGCCACGCCCCGCUUCCGCUCUGCCCCGCGUGGCUUAAUACGCGAAGGACUUGGUGUCGUUUAGUUACCAAACAAUUGAACUGGAAUCAAACCAAAGUUAACCCGCCUCCCAGUUCCUGAUCAGAUUCACGAGCCCCUCCCCCCAUCUUCUCGCGCACUCUCACAGGCUGAGACAAUGGAAAACGAAGAAGCACGCUCAACCUCAAUCUCAAGCCAAGCCCUAGGCUCAACCCUCCACAAAAAGCACCUCUCGAUGCUCGAGCGCCUCUCCAACCGCGAACAAAUUCGCCUCGACAACUCACUCGCCCGCCGAUCGGACUCCGACUCCCACUCUAACUUGCCGUCGUCUUCUACCGCCUUCCUCUCCCGCUUCUCCGACUCCAAGCGCUCCAUAGAGUCUCGAAUCGCCCAGUCCCGACUCGACCAUCCCACCGACCCGAGUCAAGUCAGAUCCCUCCUCGACAAUAUCUCUGCCUCCAUCUCCGACCUCGAGAAGCUCGUCGCCGAGAGCUCCUACUUUUUGCCUUCCUACGAGGUCCGUUCCUCACUUAAAACCAUUUCCGACCUCAAACAAGCCCUCGAGACGCUGAAUUCCGAGCUGAUCCCCAGAAAGAAAUUCACUUUCAAGAACAAAUCCGCCAAGAAAGAUCCAACCGCCGAACCCAACGAAACCACGCCCGAAAACCCUGAAUCUGUUUCAACUAAACACGUGAAUUUGAGUUUCCCGGUUAGGGAUUCCCCGGGGUUUAGAAACAAAAAGGGUGAGAUUUUGGUUAUGAAUUUCAAGGGUUCGGACAUUGGAGAAUUCACGGUUUCGGAUCUCGAUUCUUGCGAAGUGAGAUUGACUGGUUCCGUGAGAGCAUUAUUUAUCCAUAGGCUGAGCAAUUGUAGGGUCUAUGUUGGGCCGGUAACGGGUUCGAUUCUGAUUGAUGAAGCCGACGGGUGUGUGUUCGUGAUGGCAUCGCAUCAAAUUCGUAUUCAUAAUGCCAAGGGUUGCGAUUUUUACUUGAGAGUGAGGAGUAGGCCGAUAAUUGAGGAUACUAGCGGCGUGAGGUUUGCGCCAUAUUGUUUGAACUAUGAGGGUGUUGAGGAGGAUCUGAGGGGUGCGAGUCUCGAUGAGGAGACAGGGAACUGGGCCAAUGUGGAUGAUUUCCGGUGGUUGCGUGCAGUGCAGUCGCCCAACUGGUCGGUUUUACCGGAGAACGAGAGGUAUGAGGUGGUUAACAUUUCAACUUUGGGAGGUGGAACUGACGGCAAUUAACUUUGUUUCGUCCUCUUGAUUUUAGCGUCUAUUCGAAAGUUUCUAUCUAUUUUUUUUUGGUUAAGGAGCACGUUGAGCUAUUCAAAUUUGAGGUAACGUUCUUUGUUGUACUUGGUAUUUAAAUUAAUGGGAAAUAUAUGAUUACCGAUUUUCAGUGCUUCA